CGGAGUCGCCUCGGACCUGGCAUAGUGGAAAUGAUCCCAGAGAGAGUAUCUUGAACGAAGUCAGGAAGUCAGCGGGCCGUAGGUUGCAGAGGGGCUCUGCGGUUAGCGCGGCUGAGGUUGAGGCCACAAGUUACCGAGGAAGUCACUGUUGACGGGAGCUUGGUACUCGGCUCUGAACCACACACACUGGGCUCCCCCGCUCGCGGGCCUAACCCUGCCCUAGAGGCGCACUCCCGGGGGAGGCGAGAGGCGGAACGCCCGAUGGCUAGGGCGGCGGGCGGCGGACCCGCGCAGGAGGCGGACGCGCUCGGCGUGGCUCUGCGACGCGUCACCCGAGCUACCGGCAAGCCAUGGCAGGAAGCGAGCCGCGCAGCGGAUCUAGCUCCCCGCCGCCGCCCUUCAGCGACUGGGGCCGCCUGGAGGCGGCCAUCCUCAGCGGCUGGAGGACCCUCUGGCAGUCAGUGAGCAAGGAGAGGGUGGCGAGGACAGCCUCGCGGGAGGAGGUGGAUGAGGCGGCCAGCACCCUGACGCGGCUGCCGAUUGAUGUACAGCUAUAUAUUUUGUCCUUUCUUUCACCUCAUGAUCUGUGUCAGCUGGGAAGUACAAAUCAUUAUUGGAAUGAAACUGUAAGAGAUCCAAUUCUGUGGAGAUAUUUUCUGGUGAGGGAUCUUCCUUCUUGGUCUUCUGUUGACUGGAAGUCUCUUCCAGAUCUAGAGAUCUUAAAAAAACCUAUAUCUGAGAUCACUGAUGGUGCAUUUUUUGACUACAUGGCAGUCUAUAAAAUGUGCUGUCCAUAUACAAGAAAAGCUUCAAAAACCAGCCGUCCUGUGUAUGGAGCUGUCACCUCGUUUUUACACUCCCUGAUCAUUCAGAAUGAACCACGAUUUGCUAUGUUUGGACCAGGUUUGGAAGAACUGAAUACCUCUUUGGUGUUGAGCUUGAUGUCUUCGGAGGAACUUUGCCCAACAGCUGGUUUGCCUCAGAGGCAAAUUGAUGGUAUUGGAUCAGGAGUCAAUUUUCAGUUGAGCAGCCAACAUAAAUUCAACAUUUUGAUCUUAUAUUCAACUACCAGAAAGGAAAGAGAUAGAGCAAGGGAAGAGCAUACAAGUGCAGUUAACAAGAUGUUCAGUCGACAGAAUGAAGGUGAUGAUCAACAAGGAAGCCGGUAUAGUGUGAUUCCGCAAAUUCAGAAAGUGUGUGAAGUUGUAGAUGGGUUCAUCUAUGUUGCAAAUGGUGAAGCUCAUAAAAGACAUAAAUGGCAAGAUGAAUUUUCUCAUAUUAUGGCAAUGACAGAUCCAGCUUUUGGGUCUUCAGGAAGACCAUUGUUGGUUUUAUCUUGUAUUUCUCAAGGGGAUGUUAAAAGAAUGCCCUGUUUUUAUUUGGCCCAUGAGCUGCGUCUGAAUCUUCUAAAUCACCCAUGGAUGGUCCAGGAUAUAGAGGCUGAAACGCUAACUGGUUUUUUGAAUGGCAUUGAGUGGAUUCUUGAAGAAGUAGAAUCUAAGCGUGCAAGAUGAUUCUCCCUUCAGACUUUGGGAACUGAAACCAUUUGAAAUUUGUUACUAAGGUCGUGAUAUGGAUAUUUGCUCAGUCAGCCUAUCUUGUCCUGCCUUUUUGCAGAUGGGACUUAAUUUGGACAGCUAUAACUGCUGUGUUUUUUAUAUUAUUUUUACUCUUUACCAUAAAUCAAUUACAAGAAAAGAGUUUCAAUUCUAGUAUUUAGCCCCAAAAUGAACCUAAAAAAUUUUUUUUGGUAAUUUUUAUAUUUUCUGUCUUUUAAAAAAUAUUAAAUUC